CCAACUGCUCUUAGUUACUUAUGGUAAAAUGGAGAAUGAACUACGCAACUAAUCUAUAAAUUAGACGGGAAAAAAAUUCACAGAAAAUCCAACACAAAUCGAACGUUUUGCAUUUGCAAAUUCCAACCAAAGUUUUGUUUAAAAUCAAACCAUUUCCAUACACUAAGGAUAUUAACUGUUCCAUUUCAAGUGUUUUUAAUUGCGGAUAAAUCCGAUCAAAAGUAAAUAUGUCGUCAGAUAGUGUGGGCAAAAAGAUUACAGACCUACGGGUUUGCGAUUUAAAGGCUGAGUUAGAAAAACGAGGCUUAGAAACGACAGGCAUUAAAAUUGCACUAUUCGAUCGUUUGCAAAAGGCACUUACUGAUGCAGGUGAAGACCCGAAUGAAUAUACUUUUGAAGCCGAUGACAAGGGUAAAUCGCCCGUGAAACGUGCUCGUAACGAAUCAAAGUCAUCAAAUACAAAUGAAAACCAGACAAAUGGCGGCGAUGAAGAUGAAGAAACUUCAAAAAAUGUUGACGAGGAAAAUGAAGAAACUGAGGCUAAUGAAGAAGAGUUGGAAAGCAAACAACCAACAACUGAUAAUAAUGACGUGAAAAGUACAUCCGAAGACACUGAUAAUGAUCAAGAGCAUUUGCAAUUGACAGUCGUUGAAUCAGACAAACUUGAUACAAGCAAUGUGGACAAUGAAGACUCACUGAACUUGACCAUUGGCGAAGAUGAAGCAAAAAUUUUCCAAGAUGAGGAAACGGAGGAUAAGGUCAAAGAGAAUAACAAUAAGAAAGAUGGAAGUGAUUCUUCAGCUUCUUCAGCAGCAAACAACGAUGGUGAUGGCGUUGGAAAUGGUGACGACAGUACAAUUGCAUCAACUGGUGGUAGUAAUGCAGCGGCGGCUUCCAAAAAUGUGAGCAAUAAAACCGAUGACGAUGCAGAUGGUAGCGCCAAAGGUUCAACAUCUAAUUCAAACGAUGCACCAAGAAAAGAAGACAAAGGUGACACGAACAAUGGAAGCAACGGCAACAAGAAAACUGAUGAGAGUGAAUCGAAGACUUCGUCAUCGAAAUCAUUCAAAGAUGAUAAAGACUCAUCCAAAACUGCCAACAAUUCAUCAUCGUCAUCAUCAGCAAGCAAGUCAACAUCAUCGUCGAGCCGUAAUCUGUGGGUCUCUGGUCUUUCAUCGUUGACACGAGCCACCGAUUUGAAGAUCAUCUUUUCGAAGUAUGGCAAAGUAAUCGGCGCUAAGGUUGUGACAAACACACGAACACCGGGUACAAGAUGCUUUGGCUAUGUCACAAUGAAUUCAUCCAGCGAUGCAACCAAAUGCAUUUCACAUUUGCAUCGCACUGAGCUGCAUGGUCGUAUAAUUUCGGUUGAACGUGCUAAAUCCGACAUUGGUAAUAUCGGGAAUAAGCAAAAACGUACGUCGAGCACCAGCGAAAAUAAAAAGGUCGACGAUGACAAAAAAUCGUCCACAACCACUGAACGUAAGGAAACCGAUACCGAAGACUCAAAAUCAAAAACAAGCGCUUCGAAAACGGCAACCAAAGAUAAGCCGGCAACCGAAGAAAAAGAUGCAACAAAAACAACAGAGACAAGUGCAACCGAUAAGGAAACAAUCAAGAGAAAGUCACCAGUACGGGCGAGUAGCAAACGUAGUCGACAAUCGUCGAAAUCACGUCGACCAGCUGAGAUAGAUCGCAAUGUGCGUCGGGAAAAUCGAAAACGUGAACGAGACCGCGAAGCAGCUUUAUCUUAUCGUAAAAUCAGAGAAGAGCUUGAACGAGAGAGGGUGCGUGAACGUGAACGUAAAAUGCGCGAAGAAGAGCGUCAUCGGGCUGAAGCAAGGCGCCGUCAACGAGAUGAAGAGGACCGAUUGAUGCGAGAACGCGAACGCUUGAAGAAAGAACGUCAACGUUUGGAACGGGAAAAGGCCGAUCUCUUGCGACUUGAACGUGAACGUCAGAAAUUGGAACGUGAAAAGAUUGAAUUGGAACGCUUGGAAUUGAAGCGACAACAGUUAAAGAUUGAAGAGGCGAAACGGGCUAUAAAGCGAACAUCGACCGAUAAUGAUCGAUAUAAUGAAUUGGAUCGCAAACGAAGCUCAAAUGAUCGUCGAUUUGAACCACCACCACCGCCUCGUUUCGAUACGGCUAUUCGAUCGGCAAACUACGAUCGACCACCAGAGAAAAAACGUGUCGAUGACUAUCAAACCAGCUCAUCAAAACGAAAUGACGAUUAUAAAUCAUCAACGCGUGGUGGUGCCGGUUCAUUGGGAAAUUCGGAUGUCUCAUCAUUCAAACGACCCAUAAACGAUGGAUACAAGCGGACAAAUGACAUUGAACCGCCAUCUCGAAGCGGAAGUGGUGGAUACGAUCAACGUGGUGUCGUUCCAUCAUUGGGAUCAUCCACCAAAGAUAAUCGAUUCAACGACUCGGUUGAUAAUCGACACAUGAGAGGCUCACUAUCUUCAAGUAAGUCACGUUACAUGGAUAAUCAUAGCAAUGGAGGUUCAAAUGACCGCUACUCAGAUCGCCCGUCUUCUUCCUCUUCAUCGGCAUGGGCCAAUCCGAAUAAUGGCCCCCCAUCAUCGGUUAAAUCCUUUGGUGGUUUACAAUCAGUUACAAAUGACGUUUGGGGUGCAAUUAACAAGCCACAAACACACGAUGCAGGCAAUUGGAGCCGAUCAAUAGAUCACCAGAAUCAAGAUAGAUAUGAUCGCACGUUCAGCGAACGUUCCAAGUAUAUGGAUGGUCCUGCCGGUAACAAUGGCGGCAGCAGUCGUCCAAGCUCUUUCAUCACAAAUUCAAGACCACAAGAACGAUAUAGUGGCAUGUCAUCGAGAUUUGACGGACGUUUCUAAAUAAUAAACAUCCAUUAUUACAAGCUAUGCUUUAAUCCAAUAUAAAGCAAUUUUUGUCUUUGAACUUUACAUUUUCCAAAUACCUACAAACAACAAAAUGUAUUCAUUAAGAGUUUGAUUAUACAGAAAUCUAUCCGUAAUUACUGAACUAUCUAUUUACAAACAAUACUUAAGGGAUUCACAAAUAUUCCGUUCAGUUGAUUUGACAUUUUGUAUGGUAGACCUAAUAUCCAAGUAAAGGUUAGGUUUAAUUGUCACGUACAUUAUUUUAGUAUUCAAUUUAUUCAGCUCAUUGGACUAAAAUGUUGCUCGAAUGAGAAUGUCAGUUAGAAUUUUUUCAAAUAUAAUAUUUUACAAUUGCACUAAACUAUUAUAUAUAUGGAUUUAUGAGUGCGAAGAGAAUUUGAAACAUAAUAAACAUUGAGCACAAUACGGAAAAAACCACAACA